AUGCCUUCCAGGCUACUGGGUGUCGCGCGACUUCAGCCUGUCUAUGUCCGAUCGUCGACAUGCAAACACCUCUUGACUCACUCAAAUGGACAUUUCAGGUUUCUUGCAACACACGUCGAGCACUCCGAAGCGAUACCCAAUCUAGAUCACCAGAAGGAGCGCGUAGUAAUUCUUGGAUCUGGCUGGGGCGGAUAUACCUUGUCGCGUAAACUCUCUCCCAAGAUUUACUCACCCAUUGUGAUCUCUCCACGGUCCUAUUUUGUAUUCACGCCUCUUCUCACCGACGCCGCUAGUGGGUCCCUGGAUUUCUCCAACAUUGUUGAGCCUGUGCGCGAUUCACAUGCCAAGAUUGAUUUUUUUCAAGCCGCCGCCCGUGCCAUUGACCUCAAGAAAAAGACCAUUACAUGUGAAGCGACCGUGGUCCGAAGUGGUGUCACCGAGUCAUCCCGCACUCAAGAUGAUGAAAGACAAGUUGAUGACGGUGUCGAGACUACCUCAAAACACCCGAUGAAAGAGCUGCGCGCAUGGGAGCAGGGAGAAUUAUUCGAGGUCCCUUACGAUAAACUCGUCAUUGCCGUCGGUGCCGUCAGUCGCACCUUUGGGACCCCGGGAGUCCGGGAGAAUGCACUGUUCUUCAAAGAUGUCGGAGAUGCCAAAAGAGUCAAGCGGCGCGUGCGCGAAUGCUUCGAGCUCGCUGUGCUGCCGACUACCACCCCGGAGAUGAAGAAAUGGUUACUUCAUUUCGCUAUUGUAGGUGCCGGACCCACCGGUACUGAGUUGGCGGCAUCACUGCGAGACUUUAUCUACAAGGACAUGAUGAAGUUGUAUCCGGCUCUUGAGGGGAUUCCUAAGCUCAGUCUCUAUGAUGUUGCGCCCAAAGUUCUAUCGAUGUUUGACGAAUCCCUCGCGCGAUAUGCCAUGGAGACGAUGAAGGGCGAGGGUAUUGAUAUCAAGACAUCUCACCAUGUCAAGGGCCUACGCUGGGGCCCACCGGAUGCUCCUCCUCCUUAUGAAAUGGAUCCCAAGCGGUGCCUGACAUUGGACACUGAAGAAGAGGGCGCCGUGGGCGUCGGCAUGUGUGUUUGGGUCACGGGCAACGCGAUGACCAGGUUGGUCAAUAACACCCUGAGCAAGAUCGAUGCAUUCCCAACAGAGUCUAUUCAUACCAUGGACUCUAGCUUGAACUUAUCGACUGCCCUCAGUCAGUCAUGGGAAUAUAAAAAGAUUUCUAACAAGAGUCCCUUGCUCGUCGACGGCCAUCUUCGAGUACAACUCCAGAACCAAGAUGGACAGACAGCAGUGCUAAAGGAUGUCUUUGCUUUGGGCGACAAUGCCACCCCAGAGACUGGUGCUCCUCCUGCGACUGCACAGGCGACCUUCCAAGAAGCCAAAUGGUUGGCUUCGCAUCUGAACAAGCGGGACUUGGAUGACACUCCGCCAUUCUCUUUCAGAAACUUGGGCACUAUGGCGUAUAUUGGAAGCGAGAAGGCUUUGAUGCAAAUGCCCCACGACCCUCACAGCUCACGCAGCAAAUACUUACCCCAUGGACUGACGGGGCGCAUGGCUUCUUUGAUGUGGAACAUGGCAUACAUCUCGAUGACUAUUAGUUGGCGAAACAAGUUCCGAGUGGCGUUCAGGUGGACUUUGAAUCGUCUUUUUGGAAGGGAUGUUUCACGAUUUUAG